UCAACCAUCGAUGCUAAGAGUGUUAUGAUCUAGUGCAGAAAAUUUUAUAUUGUUUUUUGUUCGGCCAACAAAAAAUAUGAAUACAAAAGAAAAAGAAAAGUAUAUCGAAGAAUUUGAUUUUCCUCACUGCGAUGAAUCUUCUAAAUAUGAAAAAGUUGCGAAAAUUGGCCAGGGUACCUUCGGAGAGGUAUUCAAAGCGAGGGAUAAGAAAACUAAUAAAAAAUUCGUAGCUAUGAAAAAAGUUUUGAUGGAUAACGAGAAAGAAGGGUUUCCUAUAACUGCACUAAGAGAAAUAAGAAUAUUACAGUUAUUGAAACAUGAAAAUGUAGUUAAUCUUAUAGAAAUUUGUAGAACAAGAGGAACUUUUGCAGCAACACAGUACAAUCGAUACCGCUCUACUUUCUACCUUGUAUUUGAUUUUUGUGAACAUGAUCUAGCUGGUUUGUUAUCUAAUGUAAAUGUUAAAUUUAGUUUAGGAGAAAUUAAGAAGGUCAUGCAACAAUUGUUAAAUGGCCUCUAUUAUAUUCAUAGUAAUAAGAUUUUACAUAGAGAUAUGAAGGCUGCUAAUGUUUUAAUUACAAAAAACGGUAUACUAAAACUUGCUGAUUUUGGUUUAGCAAGAGCAUUUAGUGCUAAUAAGAAUGGUCAACCAAAUCGUUACACAAAUAGAGUUGUUACUCUUUGGUACAGGCCUCCAGAAUUACUGUUAGGAGAUAGAAAUUACGGCCCACCAGUAGACUUAUGGGGUGCAGGAUGUAUAAUGGCUGAAAUGUGGACAAGAUCGCCUAUAAUGCAAGGUAAUACGGAACAACAACAGUUAAUAUUAAUUUCACAAUUGUGUGGUUCUAUAACGACAGAAGUUUGGCCAGGAGUAGAACGUUUAGAAUUAUUUAACAAAAUGGAUCUUCCUAAGGGUCAGAAGAGAAAGGUUAAAGAUAGACUAAAACCAUAUUUAAAAGAUCCCUACGCUUGUGACUUGUUGGAUAAACUUCUUAUACUUGAUCCUAGUAAAAGAUAUGAUUCUGAUUCUGCAUUAAAUCACGAUUUCUUCUGGACAGAUCCAAUGCCUUGUGAUCUAAGUAAAAUGUUAGCCCAACAUACACAGAGUAUGUUCGAAUACUUAGCACCACCAAGAAGACCAGGUCAUAUGCGACAUCCUCAUCAUCAAGUGCCAGGUGGUCCAGCGAAACCUAGUUCAAGUAUGGCCGAUAGUGGAUAUCAAGAUCGAGUUUUCUAAAUAAAUUAAUAGGGGCAGCAUGUGUAAUAAUGAAUGCGUCCCAUAGCAUUUUUAUUUUUUAGUCCUUUUUAUAAGAAUAUAAUAUAUUCAAUAUUAUUCAUUAUGGCCUGAUGGUCAAGUAAGAGGACUUGAUUUUACAAAAUAUAAACAUAUAAACUCUUAAUCUUAUAACUCAUAAAUUAGUUACAGUCUUUUUUAACUUAAAAUAAACUUAAUCUAGUUUCGUUUAAUACAUUGUUCCUAAAAGGAACUCUUUGGUACUUUUAAAUGUACUUUAAACUUUAAAGUACGUUUGAUACUUCAUAUCUUGUGACAUGGUUUGUUAGUUUAUAUUUUAUUCAAGUGAUUCUGUUUCUAUCAUACAUUUCUUUCAGUAUUGUCCCUACUUUUUUUUCUUCGUUCGAUAGCUUAAGAGUUCUACUCUUAUUUGACUGUAACCACAUUCUUCGUCAUGUAUCAAAUACACUUUCAACUUCUUUAUUCCUAUAUGUAAAUAUUCUGAUUUUCUCAAUAUCAUUAUCGAUCUUUGUCGUUCAGUUUCAAUUUUUUCCUUUUAAAUCUCUUUCAUUAUUUCUUUUAUUUCAUUUAGAUCGUAGAUCUUUUCAUUUACACACGCUAUUCUUUUUUUUGUCCUUUCUUCAAUACUUCUUCUAACUCUGCAAUCAGUAUUGUAAAAAGAUUUGGACUCAUGUGCGUCCUUCAUUUAUUCAAAAUUUUUCUGACUUCUCCUAUUUCUAAUUUGUUUUUAAUUUCUGUGUAAAUUUCUUUCGUUCUCUCAAUCGUCGUUUCCUCUUCUUAUUCCUGUUUUUCUUAUUAAUUCUCUUAGUACUCCACUGUUUAAAUCUGUGAAAAAUGCCAAUAGUUUCCUCUUUCCUUGUUUAACUCUUUCUCUAUCAUAUGCUAUUAGAUCUAUAUGUUAUCUAUCGUACUUUUGUUUUUCCUGAACCCUGUUUGUAUCUUUAGUAGUAUCCUUUUCCCUUCUAUCUCUUCCUUUAGUCUAUCAUUUAACAUCAUUGUAUAUAUUUUACACCCUGUGUUUAGUACCGUUACGCUUCUAUAAUUGCUGAUUUCAUCAUAAGAAUAUAAUGUAUGAUAACUUAUACAAGAAUGUAAUAUAUGUAUACAUGUUAGCGAUACCACUGCGUGUUUAUCAAGUGAAAUUGCGAAUAAAAUUGUGAAGAAGUUGUUAAGUUAUAAAAGUGUUACAUGAAAUUGAAUGAAAAAAUUGUAUAAAUUGUGUGUGUAUGUGUGUAUAUACGUAUGCGUGAGCGUGUGCAUAUAAAUUUGUUAUCUUUUGUACGUAAUUAUGCUCUGAUAAAUGCAUUAUUCUUUGUAUUUAUAUUUAUAUAUAUACUCUAUAUAAACCUGUGCUCUCAUAUCCAAACAAAACGCACACACAUAUUCAAACAUAAGUUAAACGAUGGAGUUUAAAGAUCUAUAUAAAUGUAUAAAGUAUAUUUAAAUUUAUGGUUUUAUUCUCUAACAAUAAGACUCAUCACAGUCCAUAAUCUGAUGUACUAAUAUAUAAUCUCGCGUGUUGUUGUAUUUGUAAAAAGUCUCGUAUGAUUCACUGUAUUAUACGGAUUGUCGGACUAUUAAUAAUGAACCGAGAUAAAUGUUCGAAUCUUCUCGGUUCUGAUGUUUCUGUGUUCAUCUUAUCUUUUAUGAUAAUAAAAGAAGAUCUUGGAUAUGUACCUAGAUACUAUUAGAAUAAUAUUACGAACAGUAUCUAUAUUUUUAAGACAAGUAUACAAAAAUAUAUUCACAAAUUUACCAUUGUUGUUUAUCCUUGAAAUUACAAUUGAUUUUUAUAUA